UUAGUGUAUUUAGUGAAUGUCACUUUUUGUCAUUUUCAAAUUUCCUGCUGUUCCGUCCCCGUACGUCCCGACGUCUCAGGGGACGGAACCCAGAAGACAGAUGCCGGCAUCCGCCAGAGGACAUUACAGGGGACACUGCAGGAGGGACAUCGCGGGAGCGCAGGACAAGGAAAGAGAAGAACAGAGCACCGCAUGGUAAGCCCGAGUGUAGCUCGGGGUUACCGCUUGUGGUACUGAAACUUUACCCCAAGCUACACUCGGGAAUACCGCCAGGGAGGUUACAGGCUUUCCUAUAGAUAAAAAUACAAAAGUGGAGAUGCAAUAAGUUUUGCAUAUUAAAUCUGUUUAGAGAUACAUAAGGUCCAGUUUU